AUGCCCCGAGGUGUGAGGCCUGGCGUCGCCUAUGCUGCUGUGGUGGUUGUGGCGACGCGGCUGGAGUCUGCGGCGGCGAACGGAGGAGGCUUCGGGGGCGGCAACGAACAUAAAGAUCUCAGCAGCGAAGACAUCGCGCUGCAGGUGGGGGCGCUGGUGCUGCUGCUGGCGCUGUCGGCCAUGUUCGCCGGCCUGGGACUCGGCCUCAUGUCGCUGGACCUCAUCGGCCUGGAGAUCGUCGUGGCUGCGGGCGAGGACGCGCAGGCCACGGAGAAGGAGCGCAUGAACAGCGAGGCCGCCAAGAAGGUGAUCCCGCUGCGUCGGAACGGCAACCUGCUGCUCACGACGCUGCUGCUGGGGAACGUGGCGGUGAACGUGCUAACCUCCAUCAUCACGGCCGACCUCACCAGCGGGCUGUUCGGGUUUAUCGCGUCGACGGUGCUCAUCUUGAUUUUUGGCGAGAUCGUUCCGCAGGCUCUCUGCUCCAGAUACGCUCUAGUGAUCGGAGGCAAGGUGGUCCCAUUCGUACGCGUCUUGAUCGCGCUCUUUUUCGUUUUCGCGAAGCCUGUCAGCAUGGCGCUGGAUGCGACUCUAGGAGAAGACAUUGGCACGGUUUUCACGAGGAGACAGUUAGCGGAGAUCAUCGACAUCCACGAGAAGCAGCAGAUGAUUGACAAGGACGAAGGCAGCAUCAUUCGCGGCGCGAUGACAUUUGGAAACAAAACGGCCAGGAGCAUCAUGACCCCAGUGGAUCAAGUGUUUAUGGCUCCUCUUUCGGCCGUGCUGGACCGCGUGCUCAUCCACAGCAUCCUCGCGAGCGGGUUCUCGCGCGUACUCGUCCAUGGCGAGUCGGUGAAUGACAUCAUCGGGACCAUCCACGUCAAGGACCUCAUCUUCGUGGACCCGAAGAUCUUUGGUCGAACUACCCGCUCGGUGGCCCCAGACUGCAGGCUGAGCGCACUACUGCACACGUUUAAAUCUGAAAGUGCCCAUUUGGUCCUGGUGAAGCAGCCGCAGACGAUCGAUGCGACGGGUGAUAUGCACACACUGCUGGGGAUCGUGACGCUGGAGGACGUUCUGGAGGAGAUUUUGCAGGCCGAGAUCCUGGAUGAGGGCGAUGUGUCCAACCACCGCAACCACGACUCGGAGCGCAAGCGCUUCCUUCUGCGCCAGUUCGACGAAGGCGGGCGUCUGGGCCUCGAAGAUUUGUGCCAGGCCGACGACCCGUCCGAAGACGAGCUGGCGGUCGGACUUGUGCAGGACGCGCAGCGCUUCGACAGCGUCGAGGUAGACCUCUAG